AUGUCUAAUUAUUCCAUUAUAUUAUGUACAUUAGCUUCCAUAAGUUAUGUCAUAUUGCUUGAAGUCAUUGCUCUUGAUUUUGGGAUUUUAGACAACAUCUUCUCUCCCAAACGAUUUGCUGCUAGCACAGAUGUUGCUCUGCAACUUCCAGCACGAAAUGUGACACUUUGGGCAAGGCAGGCUAGUUUCGGUAAGAGGUUAACUAAUAGCUCUUACACGACGAAGAUUCAACUCUCCUUACCCUCCAAUUUCCAAGAAGAUAUGACAGGCUGCUCUGACGUACAGAUGAAACAUGAGCAAUUAAACUGGUCUGACUUCGUGAAAAAACAGGAACAGGAUGAUACUGAUGACGACACGCUCUGCUUUCUUAUGGUUCAACGAGGGAAGUGUACAUUCUUUGAAAAAGCCCUUCAUGCUCAACGUUUAGGAUAUAAAGGAAUUGUAGUAGGUGAUAACAGAAAACAAUCUUCUUCACAUCUACAAUACAUGGUAGGACCAGGAAAGGAAGACUCAAAGGUCUCAAUUCCAUCGCUAUUUAUUUCUACCGCUUCCUUUAACAUUCUGUAUUCUGAUAUACUCUAUUCCGAAAACCGCUCUCUCGUAGUCUAUGCCAAACCGGAGGAACUCAGUGACAUGUUUUGGCCCUUCCUUCUAUGUUUUUCUCCUUCCAUUAUAAUGCUUGCAACUGUCCAAGCACUUGCUAUUCGUCGUGUCAUCCGUACUUACAAAAGUCGUUCUAAAACCAAAGAAUUUAUCCAAAACUUACCGUCAAGGACGAUUUCUCGAGAAGGCUUCUACGAGGACGAGGAAGACAUUGAAAAUGAUAUCCCAGAUAGAGAAUCGGUUCCUCUAAUGGAUGAAUCUUCUCGGCGUGCUGCCUAUGGCGUCGAAUGCGUCAUUUGCCUUGAAGCUUUUAACCGCGGCGAUAAAGUUAUUGCUUUGCCUUGUAAGCAUGAAUUCCACCGUAAUUGCAUUUCUAAAUGGGUUGUGGAUUACAGACAUACCUGCCCUACUUGUAAUGCUAUCGUGCCUUUCGCUGGUUCCCCUUCCGAGUGA